CUCCGAUAUAUAGACCUCGGGGAUCUCCAACAGACCAUAUACUAGACGGUUGUAGACAUAACCGCAACGUCGCCAUUGACGGCAGUGACAUUUCCUACAAAAACAACUGGAACCGUUGGGCUGUGUAAUUUCUCUUGUGCAGUCACUUGUGGAACUUUAACUUUACUCUUUUUUACCAAGAUGCAUAAAUAUUUUUUUGCAUUCGUAUUUUUCCCAGGCGUGGUUUUCUCGUUGAAUAAGUUUAUUUGUGAGCAUUCAACGGAUUCUAUCUCGUGUUUAAAUGGUUAUGCAUUGAAAAUUCGGAGUGUGAACUUUGGUCGGACAUCAAAGAUCGUAUGCAGCAACGAUCCAACAACGAACUGUUACUCUUCCGGGCGAACUACCGGUUACCUUGCCAACAAAUGUAAUGGACUAAAUGCUUGUCAGCUGACCGCAGACAGCAAUGUGAUUGGUGAAAAUCCGUGCCCGGGGGUCUCCAAAUACCUUGACCUUCAGUACGACUGUGAUCCAAUCCCCACAACAUCUACCACUACAACUACGACUACCACAACGGUUGCCCCGGUAACCCAACAGACAACGACGCCACAAGGGGCCCCUCAAGUGUGUCACGAAUACCUGGUGUCUGGAAUGAGAGGAAUCCCCGACAACAAACUGACCGCUUCCUCAACGUGGUCAAAUAAAACUAACGAUGACCACAAACCACAUCGGUCUCGCCUCUUUACUACUGCAGUGGAUUACGCAAAUGGGACGUAUUUGAGAGGCGCAUGGAGCGCUGGAGUGAAUGACAAGAAUCAGUAUAUACAGGCAGAAUUGGCGAAAGUGUCGACGGUCCGGGGAAUGGUCACCCAGGGACAGAAUGUUAACCCCAAAGAUAACUGCUGCAGUCAGAAGGUCUCCAGUUAUAGAGUCGGCUACAGUGUCGACGGUACCACCUGGGUGAUGGUGAAAAAUGGCCCAAAUGAUAUGAUUUUCCCAGGAAACACUGACCAGGAUACUCCAGUCACAAACAUGUUGCCUUGUCCGGUAAUCGCCAAGUACAUCCGCUUAUAUCCGGUCAAGUGGGACAAGCACAUUUCUCUGAGGUGGGACGCUAUUGGCUGUCCUACUGAUGCUAGUCCAUAUGGGCAGUGCCCGGCAGGAUGGCUGGAGAGGCCAGGCAGUAAUGAGUGUUAUCUAAUCACCAUAAACAAGACAAAGGGAUACGACGACGCUAGACAGGCCUGCAGACUCGAGCAGGGUGACCUUGUUCAGAUCGACACCGUCGCGGAAAGGAACUGGGUCAUUCAGCAGUUGAAUGUCGUCAAAAACACGAAGUUUCCUAACAACCAACUCUUCCAAGUGUGGGUCGGUCUUAGCAACAGACCGCGGAGGGACACCAUCGAUUACAAGUGGAUAGAUGGGACUCCCCACGACACUAACAUUGUUCCAUGGUUACCAAACAUGCCAGAUAACUACUUGACUAUCGAACACUGCGGAGAGCUCGUGAAUUCCGGUCUUAACGACAUCAAUUGUAACAAUCCAAUUAACUACGUGUGUGAGAAGAAAAAAUAUUGGAAUGCACCCGUCAAUAACUUUACUCCUGCGGUUGUUAUACCGACCACGCCAUCAACUCAGGUUCCUUCAACAAUACAUUCCGGCAUUCCUAUUCCAAUUGGAGGCAGCGCCCAGACGAUCGGCCAAAGUACCUUCACAAGAGGUUGUCAUAAAGCGUCAGACUGUCGUAACCUGCAAUUAGGCGACUACCAGUCCUGCACCGGAUGUCACUACUACUUAACAUGCGCACCAAGCGGUGAUUUUGUCAGGCCCUGUCCAGCAAAUCUGAUCUUCGAUUUCAACAGCAAAGCAUGCGUAGCUCGUUCGGGCACGUGUAUAGGACCAUAAAUGCCGCCAUAUUGGUCAGGAUCCUGUACGUUUUGGAUCGAAUAUCAACUCAACUACUUUAUGUUCAUAAAAGAAAUAAAAUCAUUCAACUGAUGUUCAUGGUUUAUUGGAGCAAGUCGAACUAAUUGGGUGUUAGGAGACGACAAUGUUAUUUACAGAAAUUUAAUGUGAAAUUUACAAGUAAAGCAAGGGUUCGUAGACACUUCUGAACAUAAAUGGUUUAAGUAAUAAAUUAUUCAUUCGUUAUUAC